GUGGGGGAGGGGCGAAGGAGGUGGGGGGAGGGGCGAAGGAGGUGGGGGGAGGGGCGAAGGAGGUGGGGGGAGGGGCGAAGGAGGUGGGGGGAGGGGCGAAGGAGGUGGGGGGAGGGGUGAAGGAGGUGGGGGGAGGGGCGAAGGAGGUGGGGGGAGGGGCGAAGGAGGUGGGGGGAGGAGCGAAGGAGGUGGGGGGAGGGGCGAAGGAGGUGGGGGGAGGGGCGAAGGAGGUGGGGGGAGGGGCGAAGGAGGUGGGGCAUGGGGGUGAGGCCCCUCCCAAGGCGCAUGUGGCGGGCGCAUAG